UUGCAACUUAAUAACUCGAUAAUUCAAGUUAUCCACAAGAUAAUUCUAAUCUUAUUUCGAUUCUCCCUCAGAAAAUGCCAUUUUAUUGUUUAUUUUCAUCUGAAUUGGGCAAAAAUAUAGAUGGCUCUUCUCGUCCGUUCCCCGGAAAUGUGUUGUGUCCCCAAAAUUGUUAACGAUCUCAACCCUAAACCCAUCAAACUGCACAACUUGAAACCCUUGACGAAGGGAAAGGGAAUUAUUGGAGGAACGCGUGAGUUAAGAGCGAGUUGCGAAGUUAAGGAUUGUGGGGUUUUGGGUUUGGAUGAGAAUUUGAGGUUGUACGGUCAGUUCUCAGCUGCAGUGAAAGACGAAAAAGAAGAAAAGGAAAAUUACUACUUGAAUAUGGGCUAUGCUAUUCGCUCUCUCAGAGAGGACUACCCUGCCCUUUUCCACAGAGAACUCUGCUUCGACAUCUACAGGGAUGAUAUAGUGUUUAAGGAUCCUUUGAAUACAUUCACUGGCAUUGAGAAUUACAAGUCAAUCUUCUGGGCACUACGAUUUCAUGGCAGGAUAUUUUUCAAAGCUUUGUGGAUUGACUUAACUAGCGUGUGGCAGCCUGUUGAGAAUGUCAUCAUGGUUCGCUGGACCGUUCAUGGAGUUCCACGAGUUCCGUGGGAGAGCCGCGGUAGGUUUGAUGGAACCUCGGAGUAUAAGCUUGACAAGAAUGGCAAGAUUUUUGAACACAGGGUUCACAAUGUUGCUCUCAAUAAACCUCCUAAAUUUAAAGUGCUUCCUGUGGAAGAAUUGAUUCAGUCUAUUGGCUGCCCAUCAACUCCAAAACCAACUUAUUUUGAAACAUCCUCAUCUACAAAGAGAACUUGAUGUUUCUCAAGUUCUUCCAAACAGUUUUGCUGUAAAUUAAAUGUAGGGUAAAUAUAUUGAGCUAGAUCUUUAGCAACUUGUCAAACUUUGAAUUUUGUCUCACAAAGCUAAAUUGUGCUCAAAUCUAUUGGCUUAAGUAUAUAGGGUCUUUGUUGGGUGUUGUAAUUAGUUGAGUUUGGGGAGUUGUGUAUAUUGUAUAGUAUGUAUACAUAAUACGAUUGCAAGUUCUCUGGGCUUUAGCUAUUGCUUCGCAUAACCAAAUUUUGUAGUCAUCUGAUGGAAGAGCAUAGAUAUUUUCUAAUUUUAUUGUUACUAUUAAUUUAUGUAUGCCAGGAUGUUAGGGUACAAUCUACGAAGGUAUU